CUAGCAGUACUUUAUCAACACGACGAUGCAGAUAACAGUAAACAGCUGGACGGAUAUCAGAUAAGAGUUAAUUAAGUCGAUCCAGUAGAAUAACAGAACUGUCUGCAAGGCGAUGGAGGUUAAACCGAAAAGGAAAGGCAGCCAUUCAUAUCUGUUAAUAUGAAUCAUCAUGAAUAUGACUCCUCCAGGGCUAAGCUUGUCUCAGUACGGCUGGAGAAAUGAGUGUCGUCGGGCUUGCUGGACCAGGGCGUUCCCAUGGGUCCUGAUAUGAAAUACCAGAUGUUUCAAUGGCUCUGCCUGGUCAGCCUGAGCCUCCCUCUGUUGUUUUGGUUUGGACAUGUGAUCACACGGAACGGUCCGUCGCCGGUUCUGCAGGGCAACGGGCUCCGGGGCUACAUGAGGAUCAGCCCCGGCAGGAUGGACCAGGUGAAAGACAGAGAGUUCCUGUACAUGCACUGCAGCCAGUGUGCCUUGGUCUCCAGCUCAGGCCAGAUGCUCGGAGCCGGCGUUGGAGAAGAGAUAGACAAAGUCGGAUGCGUGAUCCGGAUGAACAAUGCACCCACGCAGGGGUUUGAGAAAGACGUAGGAAACCGCACCAGUGUCCGGGUGGUCUCUCACACAAGUGUUCCCUUGUUGGUUAAAAAUGAGAGCUACUAUUUCCAGCAAUCAGAAGACACCACAUAUGUGUUCUGGGGUCCCGAGAGGAACAUGAGGCAAGACGGGAAAGGACACAUCUUUAAUUCUCUCCGGAAAAUUGCAGAGAAGUACCCAAAAGUCAGAAUCUACGCUGUGACCAAAGAGAAGAUCCAGUACUGUGAUGGUGUGUUUCAGAAUGAGACUGGAAAAAACAGAAUGAAGACGGGAGCAUUCCUCAGUACUGGAUUCUUCACAAUGAUUCUGGCUAUAGACAUGUGUGACAGCAUCCGUGUUUAUGGAAUGAUCGAUGAUAACUACUGCAGUCGCGUCAAUCACAGCAUCGUUCCUUACCACUACUACGAGAAGAACCGAAUCGAUGAGUGCAGGAUGUACAGGUUCCACGAGAACACAAAUCGUGGGGGUCAUCGCUUCAUCACUGAGAAAGCCAUAUAUGCCAGAUGGGCGACACGGCAAAAGAUAGAUUUUAAACACCCUUCUUGGAGCCUCUAAAGACGGAGAUGUUCAAACCCAGAAGGUGUUCCUUGAAUGUUCAGUGGUAUUACUUUUUUUUUCUGGCUUCUAGUCUUCUUUGCUGAAGAUUUCCAGAUAUUUUAAAUAGAGAAAAGCAGAAUUCAGCUGGUAACAGUUGGUAAACUACCACUGUCAGUAUGACUGAACACUUACUGUUAUGUAUAACCGUAUAUCAGUAUGAAUACUGAUAAAGCAUUAAGCCACUAAACCAGUCACUCAAACCAGUUUAUACCAAAGCUUACAAUUUUUUUUAUGUCUUUUUACCCGUGCCUUGACUUUCGGUCCUUUUUUUUGCACAAUAAAACAUGUAAUCAAUAACAAUUUGAUGCUGCAAUCCGGCCUGCAACUACAAUAUGCACCUUUGUUUAAGGCUGCAACUAAUGAAUACUUACUGGCAUUUAUUUUCUGAAUUAGUCAUUUUAUUAUUUGUUCUACAAAUUGUCAGAAAGUAGUUAAAAAAAAAUCCCAUUGCAGUGUCCCAGAAGUGAAUUUGAUGUAUUUAAAUUACUUGUUUUGUUUAACUUUGGUUUUUGGACAAAUGGUCAUACAUUUUACAGUCUUAAUAGACUAAAAAAACUGCAAUUAAUCGUAUUGAACAAGCUGGAUCCCGAUUUAUUUAUUUAUUUAUUUUCCAUUUUUGUAUAAAGAAUGACUGAAACAAUUAAUCUAUUACCCAAAAAGUUGCUGAUUAAUUGUCUAUCAAUCAACUGAUUGAUUGAGUAAUCGUGUCAGUUUACUUUUCCUGACUGCAUCCAGUUAAAGUGUUGUAAUGCUUAAAGUAGAAGUAGUAGUAGUAUUAGUAAGCAUCUAACUCCAUCAAAACAUUUUAUGUUAAUGUGAACAGUGUCCAGAUAUUUGCAUUGGGAGCUGAGCGCCAUUUAACUCAAAACAAGAUCAUCCAGUUUGUAGGUGAAUGUGGUGAUGGAGCGUUAUGUAAAUGUAACGGCAUGUAUACCAACCACAGAGAAGACAGUAUUAAAAUAUAACUGCAGAGAAGUCGACAGACAACAGUCCUCUGAUAUAAAGCCCAUUGCUUUAAUGCUGAUCAGUGGCUAACAAACACGGUAUUAAAAACAACGAGCAUGAUGGGAGAAUACGAGCAGUUCUUUGUGGUUAGUGUGUAUAUUGUGUUUGAGGGGGGGGUAAAGAGAGACCCACCAGAUUUCUUGGAAGGCUGAUGUGACAAAUGGAGUUUGGUGUCUUGUUUUAAACUCACAAUGGGUUACUGCGCUUCAUAUUUUUGCUGCUUGUUUACAAUUAUAAACAGCGCUGCCUUUUUUCAGUCGCAUAAUGCUUAUUUUGUUACAUAUUCCAAAGACUGUGAUAUUAUUUGCACUACUGAGCAAACUACUGUGUCAAAGUAUUUCACUGUAAUUUACAUUUCAAACCGGAAUUGUUUGAUUUUAAACCCAUUAUUAAUGACUUUUUGGUAACCAUAGAUUUAUGUUGUGAACGGUGCAAAGUACCAACUUGAAUGUAAACUUGACCACUGGUCACUGCAGAUGGGUGUCAACAUGAAUAAAUAAAUAUGCUGACAGUCUGCAUGUGUGUGAGCUUGACUUUGUAUGAAACUAUAAGCAAAGCCAGUGGACCUGAUGACAUCAGCCCUAGGUUGCUGAAAGUGUGUGCUGGACAGCGGGCAGCUCCUCUCAGGCACCUCUUCAAUCUCUCCCUGAGGUUGAAGAAGGUGCCCACAAUCUGGAAGACGUCCUGCAUUGUCCCGGUGCCGAAGAAGAGUCGUCCUAGCGGUCUUAAUGACUACAGACCUGUGGCCCUGACAUCACACGUCAUGAAGACCCUGGAGAGACUGGUUCUGCGGCACCUGAGGACCCAGCUUACAGCUUUCCUGGACCCACUACAGUUUGCCUAUCUGCCACACAUCGGGGUGGAGGACUCCAUCAUCUACCUGACGCACAAGGCCCUCUCUCACCUGGAGA